UAUGGGAUAGACGCCAUGAUACGACGUACCCCGACCGGUCCCAACUGUGUGAUUGGCUUAUUUAUUGCACAGACCCACUUUCCUCAGAGCAUUCCACGAAAGGGGUCUGUGUUAUGCGUGAUCAGAUUGAGCAAUGAACUAAACAAGAAAAUGCCAUUGCGUGCUGUUUUAAGGUACCUUUUAAACAAUGAGCAACUCAUCCAAAAGCUGGCAGAUAGCUACCCUGUCAGGAGAGCAGCACAGCUGACAGCCUACAUGUUUCACAGAGGAAAAGAACUUGGAGAAGACAGUAUAGAAAAGCUACGUGACUCUGACACCAUGAAUCGCUUGCAACAAGAAAUUAGCCAAAGAGGAAAACGAGCCUCAGUCUUCAGCAGCACAUUUAAGAAGGAAAUUGAGAGUGGUUUUAAAGAAAUAAAUGAAAAACUGAAGAAAUCUAGCCAACAAAGAUAGCCUUCAUACACUACCAUAACUGAACUAUGCACAUGUACAGAAAGAUUUGCAAGUAGAAUGUGAAGAUUUGACUUGCAUUUCAACAGAAACACCAAAGAGCAAGUGGUUUGUAUAAAUAAGGACAGUGCAAUUCUGUGAUUUAUUGUUAAUUUCCUUUGGUCUGAAUGAAAAGUGGGUUCUUGCUGACUAUUUAGGACAAGCAAACUAGUUUUAAUAUGCUGAU